CCGGCAGGCAGACGGCCUCGCAGGCGGGUGGCGGCGGCCGCGCUGGCUGCUGAGGGCGGGAGCGAGUGAGUCACUGCGCGCGUGUGAGGGAGGGAAGGAGCGAGCGAGCGAGCAGCCCGCGCCCGCCGCCCUCCCGCAGCUCCCGCCAGGCCCCCCGCCGCCGGCUGCCCUCCGCCCAGGCCGGGCCGAGCCGAGCCGGGUCGGGCCCGGGCCAUGCUGCUCACCGUGUACUGUGUGCGGAGGGACCUCUCCGAGGUGACCUUUUCCCUCCAGGUCGACGCCGACUUCGAGCUGCACAACUUCCGCGCGCUGUGCGAGCUCGAGUCCGGGAUCCCCGCCGCCGAGAGCCAGAUUGUCUACGCAGAGAGACCGCUCACGGACAACCACAGGUCACUGGCUUCUUAUGGUUUAAAAGAUGGCGAUGUUGUGAUUCUGCGACAGAAGGAGAAUGCAGACCCUCGCCCUGCAGUGCAGUUCUCAAACUUACCCCGGAUUGACUUCAGUAGCAUAGCUGUGCCUGGCACGUCAAACCCCCAACAGCGCCAGCUGCCCAGGACACAGUCUCAGCUCUCGUCUCCUGGGGAGAGAACAUCGACUCCUCAGGGUUUAGACAGCCCAGCCCUGCUCCGAGACAUGCUGCUGGCCAACCCACAUGAGUUGUCCUUGCUGAAGGAGCGCAACCCACCCUUGGCAGAAGCUCUGCUCAGCGGUGAUCUUGAAAAAUUCUCUAGGGUCCUGGUGGAGCAGCAGCAGGACCGAGCCCGGAGAGAACAAGAACGCAUUCGUCUGUUUUCUGCUGACCCCUUUGAUCUUGAAGCUCAGGCAAAGAUAGAAGAAGAUAUAAGGCAGCAGAACAUCGAGGAGAACAUGACCAUAGCUAUGGAGGAGGCCCCGGAGAGCUUUGGGCAGGUCGCCAUGCUCUACAUCAACUGCAGAGUGAACGGGCAUCCUGUGAAAGCCUUCGUUGACUCAGGUGCCCAGAUGACUAUCAUGAGCCAGGCCUGUGCAGAAAGGUGUAACAUUAUGAGACUGGUGGACCGUCGGUGGGCUGGCAUUGCCAAAGGAGUGGGCACGCAGAAGAUUAUUGGAAGGGUGCAUCUAGCUCAGGUUCAGAUUGAAGGCGAUUUUCUGGCAUGUUCCUUCUCGAUUCUGGAAGAACAGCCUAUGGACAUGCUUCUGGGACUGGACAUGCUUAAACGGCAUCAGUGUUCUAUUGACUUGAAGAAAAAUGUCCUGGUGAUUGGCACCACAGGCUCACAGACCACCUUCCUUCCUGAGGGGGAGUUACCAGAGUGUGCUCGCUUGGCAUAUGGAACUGGGCGAGAGGACAUACGGCCAGAGGAAAUUGCAGACCAAGAAUUAGCAGAAGCCAUUCAAAAAUCAGCUGAGGAUGCAGAGCGUCAGAAGCCAUGAUGCAUGUAGUGUGUGUGUGCUGCAGCUGGAGUGGGCCCAGACCAG